AUGAGUCGAUUCAAAGGCUGCGUUGCCAUCAUCAACACACGCAGCGGGGCGAGGGAGGGGGCCUCGGUGUUUGCGAGCGCUCUUCAACGGUACCUUGACGGGGCAGGCAUCAGUCACCACGAUGUGCGUGUGCCGGGGAGAGACAUCUUGCACUCCAUCAAGUUGCACGCGGAUGCGGCAGAUGCCAUUGUUGUCUGUGGCGGCGACGGCACUUUGAGUUCUGUUGCGAAUGCAUUGGCGGCCGCGCGUCAGUUCUGA